AUGAUGAGUAUAUUAAAAUCUACCCCAGUUUCUCCAAAAUAUCAUUAGAAGUCAAUUAUCAAGUUAAACUAAUAAAAACUAUUUAAAAACAUCGAUCCAUUAAUAGUCUUGGACAUUGAUAGAGAUGUAAAAACAUAAGAGGAACUAAAUGUGAUUAAUUAGAUAAAACCUGUAGAUUUACAACCAUUUGUUAAAAAACUCGUAGAUUUAAGAGCAUAGAGAAAACAACUUAAAUCACAGUAAUCUCGAAUUACAACUGCCAAUAAUACAUCUAGGUGUUCUCUAUUUAGAACAAACAAUAAUUUACUUGAUGAGGUUAAGAGAAAGGAUAUUAACGAGAGAUCAUAGAGCAGCUUCAUCAUUAGAAAUAUAAGAGAGAUUAGAAAGCUUAACUACAGCUAAAGUCAAUAAUCCUUCAAAAACAGGAAGCUUGAACCUAGAAUAUCAACUCUUAGCUUAAAUUAAACCCAGCUACUUAAAAAUAAGUCAAAUUAGAUACUUGCACAAUAAAGAAGGAAGGAUAUAUCUAAGUCAUUCAGUACUGAGCUUAAGUAAUUCAGAUAAAAUCUAAACUAAACUUAGAAUAGCGUAUAGCUACCUAAAAAGCUUGACUUAAUUAAUCAAUAAGUCUUAGACAUUGCCAAUAAUAGAUUGCAUAAUGUUCUAGCUACUAAAUCCAAAAUAUAUUCUCCGAAGCGAAAUCAAAAGUUGAGAAUUUUGUUGAAAAAUUUGAAAGAUGCUGAAACUAGUUUUAACAAUGGCCCAGACAUGAAAAACAUAUCUCUUCAAACAAGUACCAAAGAACUUAUAACCCCUAAGUACAUCAAUAGGGCAAUAUGA